AUGGACAUGGGCAUGUACGGAACUUACGGCAAGCCUGACUCAUAUCCCAACUAUGUGUGCACAGGUCAAGGGAAUCAUCAUCAUCAUCAGCCCGUGUCCGUCGGAGGACACGUGCCUGUCCCGGCCUCGCCGGAAGUCGCUCCGGCACACUACUUCCCUCAGACCGCCGUCUCUCCUUAUUCGUCUUCUUCCUCGGAGAGUUUCCUGGCGGCAGAGUCCGCCACAUCUUCCGGUACGCCUCCGCAGAGCUUCUACUCGCCGUCGGCGGCAGUUCUGCACGAGGAUGGCUCCACAACCGCGAUCAUCUCCUCGGAGAACGGUCUGAGUUACACUAAUUUGGACUACGCGUCCUCCUCCUCGUCGCCGUAUACCAACCAACAGCAUCAACACUCGAACGGGUCUCACGGAUCGGUGGAUCCUCACCAGAGUUACCACGUCCAACAAACACCUUACAGAGACGACCACCAUCACCAUCAUCAUCAUCAUUCCGCUUCAACCUCGGGGAACAGUCUUCAUCAAGGUUCCAUGAUGACGGCUGGCCACUCGAGGACCGAGCACGAGCAACAGUUGCACCAUCAGUCUUCUAGUCAUCACCAUCACCACCAUCAUCAUCAUCACGAGCCCGACUAUCAGCUUCCAGUCGCUGGUACCACCAACUAUCUUCAUCAGCUGCCUACCGCCGAGGACACGCUUCACUAUCACUCUCAAAUCCGACAGAACGACUACGCUGGACAUUCCGCUAGUCACUACAAGGAGGAAAAUCCGGAUCCGUCGUGUUACCACGUACUCCAACAGUCGGGACAUCAUCAACAUCCGCACCAACACGGUCACGGACAUCAUCAGCAGCAGCAGCAUCCCCACGGCCAUCAUCCGCCGCAACAACAACAGCAACAACAGCCGCACGUACCCACUUACAAGUGGAUGCAAGUGAAGAGGAACGUUCCCAAACCGGCUGGUACGUAUCUGGCUAUUUUCAUGAUUCACGGAGAGAAGUUAGUGCUCCACGAGGAUGAUUCGAUGGCAAGCUCCUGUUAUUCAGCUUCCGUUUAUCGGACGAUGACUUUGAUGAGUUUUAAUUCUCAAUGGGCUAAUAGAAGAAUCACACACUGUUUUGCCGAUCUUAUCGAUUCUAGUGGAAACCCAGAUUUGUUUCAUUUAGAAUUCGAAUUCCAAUUUGUAAAGACCAAUGAAAAUAAUUAUCCUGUGUCAACUAUACACUUUAGACAAGUUUGUACAUAUAAUUUAGAAAAUCUUAAAAAUGGAUAUGUCAUUGGUUGUAGAAAUCUAUCUUGAUAUUUAUUAUAGCAUGUAUCUACAUACUGUAAUAAUUAA